AUAAAGGAAAAAAAUAUGGUCAAACUCAGCUUCCUAGGCGGCUUCCCUGACACCGUUAAUAUUAUAUAUAUAAAUAUAUAUAUAUAUAUAUAUGUCUACAUCAAAUCCCCAUGAUCUCAGACUUACGGCGGCCACAACUCUUCUCUCUUCUUUGCCGAUCAACAUCUGCCUAUAUAUAUAGGCACUGCACGUACUGGCAGCACACCAAUCCAUCUCAUUACCACAAGGUAGAGAAGAUGGGUGUUGAAACUGAGGUUGUGUCGGUGCCUGCAACACCAACAGCGGCAUCAACGCCACCGUUUACAGUCCCUCAGUCACCCCUGAAGCCCACUGCACCACCAUCCUCUGCCUCUUCCCCUUUCCAUUGCCCAAUCUCUGCUCCGCCUUCCAGCUUCCAGUACUCCCCUUCUAUGUCGAGGUCGCCCUUCCUCGCCAGGAUCUCCUCCGCCGCCGCCAGCCGGUUCUCCUUCUCCGGCAACGCCACUCCGGUGAGGAGCAGCCCCAUGAGGAAGGUGAUCAUCAACAUGAAGAGCUACCUGGAGGAGGUGGGGCACCUCACCAGGCUGGACCCUCAGGACGCCUGGCUGCCCAUUACCGAGUCCCGGAACGGCAACGCUUACUACUCGACGUUCCACAACCUUUCCGCCGGAAUCGGGUUUCAGGCUCUCAUUCUUCCUCUCGCCUUCACUUUUCUUGGAUGGAAAUGGGGAAUUAUGAGCUUGUCUGCUUUCUACAUAUGGCAGCUGUAUACUCUUUGGAUACUCACCCAACUCCAUGAAUCAGUACCAGGCACACGUUACAAUAGAUAUAUCCAGCUAGCUAUGGCAGCAUUUGGUCCAAAGCUCGGGCUGUGCCUGACGAAGUUUCCCAUAAUGUAUCUCUCUGCCGGAAACUGCACUGCGCUCAUCCUCAUCGGUGGAGGCACCAUGAAGCUGUUCUUCAGGGUCGUCUGCGGCAACUCCUGCCAGUCGAGGCCGCUGUCGACGGUGGAAUGGUAUCUUGUCUUCCUCUGCCUGGCGCUGGUGCUGGCCCAGCUGCCCAAUCUCAACUCCAUCGCCGGCAUCUCGCUGGUGGGUGCCAUCACCGCCGUCAGCUACUGCACCCUCAUCUGGGUCAUCUCCGUCAGCAAGCACAGGCCGCAGGACAUCUCCUACCAGCCGCUCAAGGGCGAAAACGACGCCGCCACCGUCUUCUCCCUCCUUAACGCCCUCGGCGUCGUUGCCUUCUCCUUCAGGGGUCACAAUCUUGUCCUUGAAAUCCAGGCCACAAUGCCAUCAACGUUGAAGCAUCCUGCAAGUGUGCCAAUGUGGAAGGGAGUGAAGGUGGCCUACCUCCUCAUCGCAUUUUGCUUGUUCCCCCUUGCAAUCGGUGGAUAUUGGGCAUACGGCAACUUGAUACCACGAUCAGGGAUCCUCUAUGCUCUGCAUGAGUUUCACAGCCAUGACACAUCCAGGGCGCUGCUGGGGCUGACCACUUUGAUGGUGGUGAUCAACUGCUUGAGCACAUUCCAGAUCUACGCCAUGCCGGUUUUCGACAACUUGGAGUCGAGCUACACGUUCCGAACCAACCGGCCGUGCCCGUGGUGGCUCCGGUCCGGGAUUAGGGUUUUCUUUGCGUCGGUCGCCUUCUUCAUUGCCAAUGCCCUGCCUUUCCUCACCAGCCUGGCCGGACUCCUUGGUGGCAUCUCCUUGCCUGUCACCUUGGCCUACCCAUGUUUCAUGUACAACAUCAUCAGGAAGCCGGAGAAAUACAGCCCAACUUGGUACCUCAAUUUGGGUCUGGGAGUUGUGGGAAUGGUUCUCAGCUUCCUAUUGAUCACUGGGGGGAUUUGGAGCAUUGUGGAUACAUGUCAUAAUUUUCACUUCUUCAAGCCCCAACAGUGAUCUGGCCAGAUCCAAACGGUUCGGGUCCGGGGCGGUUUUGGUCGCACGAGAUUUGGAUCCGGUGAUGCCCGGAAGGAGUUCGGGCCAGAUCCGAUCCAUUUGCUAGUCCAUGGGUCCUGCGGAUUCAUUGUGGUCUUUCAAAGGCUUGAUUCUUGCUUGUGUAGAUAGAUUCGUAAUCGCCAUCCUCUUGUAAAUGCUUUGUGUUUGUAAAAGGAAUGGCGAUUGAUGCCGGCUCUUGCCGUGGUUGUGAUUCUUAUGAAAUAUUUCUUCCAUGUCUGUCGCCAAAUCUUGUUUCCUUGAAUCUUAUUUUACAAUUAUUACAUUUUUAA